AUAGACAGGAAGAAGUCUCACUACAGUCAGCUUUCCAAGGGCAACUGUCAGUACCAUAAAAUAUUUAAGGAGAUCAGCAAAGAGGAACAGCUCCGACAGAUCCCCAGCACCAGCUGACAAGACUUCUCCAGGAUAGAUACCUGCAACAACUUGAGAUACACACAGACAUAGUAAUGUCAAAUUUAUGAAGAAAAAAACAGUAACUACAUUUCUAUUAGUUAUAUAUUAGCACUUGAUAUAUCAUACACCUUACUAAAAGCAAUUAAAAUAUAUUAGGUCAUAUGGGGAGCCAAAUGUAAUAGGAGCACCUAUAACUAGUUUUCUCACAUUUAACUAAAUGACACAACAUGUUUUCUCACAUUUAGUUAAAUGUGCAAAAGUCUAAAUGUAAAUGUAAAUGUUAAAUGUAAAUGUUAAAUGUUAAAUGUUAAAUGUUAAAUGUAAAUGUUAAAUGUAAAUGUUAAAUGUAAAUGUUGAAUGUUAGUUAGCCAACUAAUUCUCCACUGGCGCCACAGAAAUAUUCUUUUUAAACCUACUUAACUCCUCAUUAAUGGUGUUUACGACAGAACGGCAGUUUGAAGCGGAGCCUCAGCCCGCACACCUGCCGUUACAGCCCGUUCAAUCUCCCCCAACGGGAGGGAGUCGGAGCUGGCGGCCAUGAUGGCUUCGACUUCAGGCUUCUCUCCAGUAUUUUCGUGCACCGAUCCAGAGUCAGAUGUGGGCGGAGCUAUGCGUACUGUUUGACGUGUUUGAGUCCGCGUCACUGAUCUAGGAUAAUAGGGGGUGGAGUCUACUUAAAUAUUCAGUUCGAUCAUUUAACAUUUACAUUUAACAUUUACAUUUACAUUUACAUUUACAUUUACAAUUACAUUUAACAUUUAACAUUUAACAUUUAACAUUUAACAUUUAACAUUUACAUUUAACAUUUAUAUUUAACAUUUAACAUUUAGAUUUACAUUUAACAUUUAUAUUUAACAUUUACAUUUAUAUUUAACAUUUACAUUUAGACUUUUGCACAUUUAACUAAACUUUUUUUUUUUUUUCUUCUUUGUUUCUCCGGCGCCGGUCGAGCUGCUGGUCACAACAGCUCCUGUCCUCUUACUUCUAUUUUUUACUUUCUUCACUUAUUUAAGUUUACCUUUCUAGUGUUUUGUUAGUAGCAUUAGUGUACACAACCUGUACACAGCUUUUAUAUAGUUUUUCUAAGUUUGGCGCAGUACAAACGCUGUUUUUAAAGCUACGAUGUGCGUCGGGGUCAGAGCGCGCAUUGUUUACACCGCGGAGCAGCUGAUCGCGCUGCGCAGCGCCGUAGUUCUGCCCAGAGACAGACACGAGAUCACCGCUGAGGUGCUGGUGAAGUCCCGACGUGGGCGCCGCGCUGGAAAACUACGACGGGAGAAAACGAGACGCUUCAGGCCCGCUGUCCCCUCCGUCAUCAUGGGGAACGUGAGAUCUCUCCCCAACAAGAUCGACGAGCUCGCGGCGCUCACACGGCACCAGCCGGAGUACAGAACGAGCAGCGUCCUGCUGUUCACGGAGACCUGGCUGACGUCACUCAUCCCGGACUCGACUGUCGCACUGGACAAUUUUCAUCUGCUACGUGCGGACAGAACGGAGAACAGCGGUAAGAGGAAGGGAGGGGGUCUGGCUGUGUUUGUGAACAUCAGGUGGUGUAUGCCACGACAUUGCACUGUCAAAAUGAAGCUGUGUAACAGAGACAUUGAGCUGUUAGCGGUGGGCAUGAGGCCAUUCUACCUGCCAAGGGAGUUCACACACUUUAUAAUAAUUGCUGUGUACGUCCCACCCUGCGCUAACGCUGACACAGCUUCUGAGACCCUGCUCUCAGUCACCAGCAGGCUGCAAACACAGCACCCACAGGCCCUCUUCCUGAUCUCUGGGGACUUUAACCAUGCACCUCCUUCAGCUGCUCUGCCUACAUACACCCAGUAUGUGACCUGCCCCACCAGAGUCAACAAAACCCUGGACUUAUUCUACGCCAACACCAAAGAGGCCUACGCUGCAUCCUCCCUCCCACCGCUGGGCAGAGCUGACCACAACAUCCUGCAUCUCCUGCCUGUGUAUAAACCUGUUGUGCACAGGCAGCCGGUGGUGCCCCGCACAGUGAAGAGGUGGACAGCUGAGAGCGAGGAGGCUCUCAGGGACUGUUUUAAACACCACUGUGUGGACGGAGCUCUGCGAGCCACAUGGGGAGGACAUUAACGCAAUAACAGACUGUGUAACGGAUUACAUCAACUUCUGCUGGGAAAACACUGUUCCCACCAGGCGGGUUCGGUGUUUCACCAACAACAAGCCGUGGGUCACCUCUGAUAUUAAAGCUCUGCUAAAGGAGAAGAAGAGAACAUUUAAAUCAGGGGACAGGGAGGAGCUGAGGAGGAAAAUCCGUGAGGGGAAGUCCAGCUACAGGAGGAAGAUGGAGGAGCAGCUGCAGCAGAACAAUGUCAGCGAGGUGUGGAGGAGCCUGAAAACCAUCUCAGGCUUCAAAGCUCCACACCCACAGGCUGAGGGGGACCCGAGCUGGGUCAACGAGCUGAACUCACACUUUAAUAGGUUUGACCAAGCACCCACUCACACCUCCCAGCAGCUGCCUCCAAACCUUUUGUCACCCACAGCCCUUCACACCUUUACACAAAGCCCUCUACCCUCAACCCUGACGACUGGUGACUCAUCCCAACAACACCCCCUCACUUCACACCACACUGAGACACUCCCUCAACCCCUCACUUCACACCACACUGAGACACUCCCUCAACCCCUAUCCUUCUCCAGCACCCAGGUAAGAAGUGAGCUCAGGAAGAUCAAGGCCAGGAAAGCAGCUGGACCAGACGGCAUCAGCUCCAGACUCCUAAAGUCCUGCGCAGGCGAACUGUGUGGAGUUAUGGAGCAUGUCUUCAACCUGAGCCUCAAGCUGAGGGUGGUACCACAGCUCUGGAAGACCUCCUGUGUGGUACCAGUGCCCAAGACACCGCACGCCAAAGACCCCAGCAGCUUCAGACCAGUGGCUCUGACAUCACACCUGAUGAAGACACUGGAGAGAGUGGUCCUGGGUCACCUCCGCUCUGCGGUGGGAACCUACCUGGACCCGCUGCAGUUCGCCUACCGACACGGCAUAGGAGUAGACGACGCCGUCAUCUUCCUCCUACAUCGAGUUCUUUCCCACCUAGAGAAGCCCGGCAGCACUGUGAGGAUCAUGUUCUUCGACUUCUCCAGUGCCUUCAACACCAUCCAGCCGAUGCUUCUGAAACACAAACUGGAGGAGGCUGGUGUGGACCUUCAUCUGACGGAGUGGAUUAUGGACUAUCUCACAAACAGGCCUCAGUUUGUGAGAGCCAGGGACUGUGUGUCUGACACUCUGACCUGCAGUGUGGGGGCCCCACAGGGGACUGUACUGGCCCCCUUCCUCUUCACCCUCUACACGUCAGACUUCAGACACAACACGGACAGCUGUGUUCUGCAGAAGUUCUUUGAUGACUCUGCGAUUGCGGACUGAUCACCGAUGAUGACGACGCAGAGUACAGAGGACUCACUCAGAACUUUGUGGACUGGUGCCAGCGGAACCACCUCCUGAUCAAUGCAGGGAAAACGAAGGAGAUGGUGGUGGAUUUCCGCAGACAGCAGCCUGCUGUCAUACCACCGAUGCACAUCCAGGGAAGGGACAUUGAGAGAGUGGACUCUUACAAGUACCUGGGAGUGCAUCUGAACAAUAAACUGGACUGGACUCAUAACACGGAUGCACUGUACAGGAAGGGUCAGAGCAGACUCUACCUGCUGAGCAGACUGCGGUCUUUUGGAGUGAGGGGCCACUCCUGAAGACCUUCUAUGACUCUGUGGUGGCAUCAGCCAUCCUGUACGGUGUGGUCUGCUGGGGCAGCAGCAUCACAGCGAGGGACAGGAAGAGAUUGGACAGGAUCAUUAAGAAGUCCAGCUCUGUCCUGGGCUGCACUCUGGACACGGUGCAGGAGGUGGGUGAGAGAAGGGUCCUGGCUAAACUGACAUCCAUCAUGGACCAGGACUCUCACCCACUGGAGGACUCACUGUCUGCUCUGGAGAGCAGCUUCAGUAGCAGACUGAUCCACCCUUGCUGUGUGAAGGAGAGAUAUCGUAGAUCCUUCCUACCUGCUGCUGUCAGACUGUACAAUCAGAACUGUUGACCACGUCCCACUACAGUCACUCACCCACUGCAUCAGUGGUUUAUAUAGCAACCUGCUCUGCACAAUAUUUGUGUAAAUCUGUGAACAAUCAUGUAUAUUGUUACGGGUACAAAUCUUAUACCCAUUACCGUGCAAAAACCCUGCAAUGACCUCAUACUCACUCUAACUGUACUGUACUGCUUUGUACUGUGCCAACACAUACUGUUCUGUACCUGUAUUCUCGCUCAUCUGUACUGCUGUUGUGAGACGUAAUUUCCCCACUGCGGGACUAUUAAAGGUUUUCUUAUUCUUAUUAUUCUUAUUCUUAAAUGUGAGAAAACAUGUUGUGUCAUUUAGUUAAAUGUGAGAAAACUAGUUAUAGGUGCUCCUUUUACAUUUGGCAUCCCAUAAGGUCAAUAUGUUUUUAGAACCAAAACUAUGUUUGUAAACCUGAGUUCCCAGGUAUGUUAUGAUUAAUCUGUAAAUAGUAAAAUGUUCUAAAAAUUCUAAAAUAUUGUUUAUGAAUUUCUGAGAUACUGAUUUAUUCCAUGCAUGUGUAAUUGUAUGAUAUACUGUAUAUUAAAUGUGUUCUGUAAUGAAUACACAUUCAAACAUACUGGCUCCAGUCCUUGAUCAACAACCAUACAUGACAGUAGGUUUGGCAACUGGUUCAGGCGUCUUGAGGUAAGAUGUCACAUUAAUAAAAGUAUUAAACACAUGCAAUAUCUUGAAAGCAAUAGUUGCUGUCACACCAUGCCUCUGUAGGCAUUCACUGUUCCUACAUGGCACUUCAUUACAAAGAAAUACGGCAAAAUAUAAGCUGCAGCUGAAGACCCCAUUAUGGAGAAAUUAUUUUGACACAGCAGCAGCACGAGAAAGAAAAAAACAAUGUGUAAAGAUUAGAUAAUAUUAGUUUCAAGCUAUGCUCCCUAACAAGCUGUUGUCAUGUUAUGAAUAUUCUGUUGUAUUAAUUCCGUCUGCGUAGGCUAUUGGAAACCAUUACUGUUGAUUUACUGAUUUAUUACUUAUUACUUACUUACUUAUUAUUACUACACUCACAAGGCUGAUUUAUUGUUUCUUACUUAUUGUCAUUAUGAAGUAUAUGUGUUAAAUGUUUUAAUCCUAUACUUUGCUGAAGCUGCACCCUGCACACAGACGUAGAGACAGAAAGUGGUUUGGGCCUGCUGACUUAUUUUGAGUAAGCUGGAAAGGCCAGAGAAAAGUUAGCAGUCUUAGGGUUGAACAGUUCUUGAUGCUUUACGCCUAUGCUUGUGCAAGUGUUUUAUCCUUAUAUGGAAUUCUUGUCUGCAGUAUGAUUUUCAUGUAUUCAUUGUAACCAUACGCCCAUAGGCGUGUCACAUUUUAAUAAAAAGCCUGCCAUAUAUAGCCAUAUUAUAUAAAUCAAUAAAUUGAAUGAAAUGUAAAAUUGCUAUUCUGACAUACCUUACACCAGACGAAAUGUAACCACUUCAACAGCCUUCCAUUCGACUUCAGAGUCAGAUUUUGGAUCAAACAUAUGGUGGAACUCCACUACUGGAUGAGCUAGCCUAGAUCUUUCUGUUUGUCAGGUUACACCUGUGCCCUGCAGAAAGACAUCCUCUACCAGGGACGGAUGUU